GGGCGGACCGCACUUCCGGGUUGGGGCGGAAGUGUGGGGAUAAAGCGGCGCCGGCGCGGAGGGGAGCCCCGUGGUGCGGAGCGCGAUGCGGGGCGGGGGGAUGAAGCUCCGGGACACCCCAUCGGCGAGCCCCGCGCUGUGGCGGGCCCUGCCCUGCCCGGCGGCCGAGCUACGGCUGGACCUGGUGCUGCCGUCGGGGCAGACGUUCCGAUGGAGGGAGAGCAGCCCCGGGUCCUGGACGGGCGUGCUGGGGGACACCGUGUGGACGCUGCGGCAGGAGCGGGACCGGCUCUGGUACACGGUGUACGGCGGGGAGGCGGGGGCAGACACAGACCGGCUCCUCCGGGAGUUCUUCCAGCUGGAUGUGGGGCUGCGGGAGCUGUACCGCGCCUGGGGGGCCGCGGACCCCCUCUUCCGAGAGGCGGCCAAAGACUUCCCAGGGGUGCGGGUGCUGCGGCAGGACCCCGUCGAGUGCCUCCUCUCCUUCAUCUGCACCUCCAACAACCACAUCUCCCGCAUCACCGCCAUGAUCGAGCGGCUCUGCCGAGCCUUUGGCCGCCACCUCUGCCACCUCGAUGCUCAGCCCUUCCACGCCUUCCCUUCACUCGCAGCACUCGCAGGCGAUGAUGCUGAGGCCCGGCUGCGGGCGCUGGGCUUUGGGUACCGAGCCAAGUUCGUCAGCGGCACCGCUCGCGCCAUCACCGAGGGGCUUGGCGUCGAGGGGCUGCACCAGCUCCGCACCGUGCCCUACGCCGAGGCCAGGAGGGUGCUGUGCACCCUGCCUGGUGUGGGCACCAAGGUCGCUGACUGUGUGUGCCUGAUGGCGCUGGACAAGGCGGAGGCGGUGCCGGUGGAUACCCACGUGUGGCGCAUCGCACGGCAGCGCUAUGGCAUGGAGCUGGGCGGCCGCAGCAUCACCCCACGGGCGCACCAGGAGAUCGGCGACUUCUUCCGGGGGCUGUGGGGUCCCCGCGCCGGCUGGGCGCAGGCGGUCCUCUUCUGCGCUGACCUCCACAAAGGCCGGGAGCCAGCUGUGAGCCAGGAUCGGGACAAGGAGAGCUGAAGGCAGGACUGCCGUGGUGAUGGGACCCCUUAGGGACACCCCAGGAGGGACAGAGCCCCCCAUCAGCG